AUGGGUUUUGGUGCCAGAUGGAUUAGAUGGAUAAAGCAAUGCAUUAGUACAGUCAGAUUCUCUGUCUUGAUUAAUAGAACCCCAAAUGGCUUUUUCCCCUCUCAGAGAGGUUUGAGACAGGGAGACCCCUUAUCCCCAUUUCUCUUCAUCUUAGCAAUGGAAGGUUUGAGUAACAUGAUUCAAACAACGAAGGUAAAAGGUUGGGUCAGGGGAUUUCAGGUGGACAACAGAUUAGUAAAUAAUUUGGAAGUAACUCAUUUGCAAUAUGCAGACGAUACAUUGGUUUUUUGUGAGGCCGUGGAAGAACAGAUACUGGUUAUGAGGGUCAUCUUCAUCAUAUUUGAAGCAGUAUCGGGGCUACAUAUCAACUGGGGGAAAAGCUUCAUUUAUCCCAUCAAUGAAGUAACAGAUUUGGAAAGUUUGGCAGAAAAGUUGGGAGGUAAAGUAGGAGAACUUCCAACAACAUAUCUAGGCAUGCCUUUGGGAGCAAAAAGCAAGUCUAAGGGAAUAUGGAAUGGGGUGGUGGAGAAGUGUGAGAAGAGAUUAACAAACUGGAAAAGUCAAUAUCUCUCCUUGGGAGGAAGACUAACUUUGGUCAACAGUGUGCUUGAUGCUCUACCUUCUUGCAUGAUGUCAGUUUUCCCUGCUCCAGUGAGUGUGAUAAAAAGAAUUGAUGCCUUAAGAAGGAAUUUUUUCUGGCAGGGUAAUGAAGACAAGAAAAAGUUCCAUCUGGUCAAUUGGAAGGAAGUAACAGUGAACAAGAAAGAAGGAGGUGUGGGGAUCAGAGACAUGAAAAUGCAGAAUAGAAGUUUGAUGAUGAAAUGGUUAUGGAAAUUUGCAACAACUGACAAUAUGCUAUGGAAGGAGGUCAUCUCUGCAAAGUAUGGUAAGAAUAGCUGGAUGACAAAUGUGGUGACAAUACCAUAUGGCUGUAGUGUAUGGAGAACAAUCAGAAAUCUAUGGCCUUUAGUCAUAAACAGAUCCAGUUUCAAAGUUGGCAAUGGCCUGAAAGUUUCCUUCUGGGAUGACAAGUGGAUUGGUCAUGAACCUCUAAAGCAACUCUAUCCAGAUCUAUACACAUUAUGCCUUCAACAACAAGCUACAGUUGCUGAAUUAUGGACAGGACAAGGUUGGAAUUUACACCUCAGAAGACAUUUAAAUGACUGGGAAAUGGAAAGAAUAGCGGCCUUCUACUCCACAGUUGAUCAAUUCAAUAAUUUAACAGGAGAAAGAGAUACUAUGGUUUGGAAGAUAGACAACAAAGGUUUGUUCACUGUAAACCUGAACACAUCAAACAACCAGGAGGGAGCAUUAAAGGAGUUCUUAGCUGCUGGAACAGAGAUGGCAAUGCUGCAAGACAGGAAGAGAGAUGGAAAAUUGUCCCAGCAUGUAUUUGGUGGACAGUAUGGAAAGAACUGGACCUUUGGUGCAUUUGAUAUUGCUGUAUUUUCUGAAAAAGUUCUUGAGAUUCUGAAUCACUCUUUUGGUGGUACUCAGAUGAGGGAAUUGUUUGUCUAUAAGUAUCUCUUGCUGGUUCAGGAAAAUAUCAUAGCAGCUCAGUAUACAAAGGCUAUUAGGAAAAGCCGGGUGAUUUGCACAAAUAAGAUACUGCGUGCCACUGUUUAA